GGGGAGGGGGGGAGGGGCGGCCGGGAGGUGGACAGAUGGAGGGAUGAGAGGCCGAGGGAUGGACAGAUGGGCCCUGGUGGGGGGGAGGGCCGGCGAGGAGAGGGUGGGGUUGACGACCUGGCCCUCCCCACCGCACCCCACCCUGACUCCCCCACCUGCCGGGCAUCCGCAGAUAGGGCCCCGGUGGCUGUGUGUUGGUGGCUGGUGGCGAGGCUGGGGAAGCUCUGGGGUUUCUGGUGGCAGAAUGUGGGGGGGGCCAGGAUUGGACUCUUCCCAUCCCCACGGUGUCCCGCCUGCUGAACUUCGACCUUUGGCCCUGGCUUGUGUCUGGUUCUUUGGGGGGCAGGGUGCAAAAGGGACUGGCAGGGGUGCGAAGAUGGCUUUGGCCUGGGCAGUAGGUGGGGCAGGGCCCAGUGAGUGUGGAGCCGGCUGGGCUCGGUGCUCUGGUGUUUUGUGUGCAUUUACAAGUGUGCCGGUUCCUCACGGGACUGUGGCGUGAGCGUGUCUGUGACGAGCGAGCCUCUCAGCGUGCCUGCAAAGUGCCCGUGUGCUUGUUCAUGGCCCUCAGCUUUGACGGGGUAUUUGUGCUAGCGGCCCUGUGUACGUGUGUGCAGCUGUGCGCUCGUGUGUCUGUUGGUGUUUUACCUGCGGUAUGCACGGGGGUGUGUGUGUAAAGUUGCAUGCAUGUGUUUGGGUGUGUAAGAGUGUGCGCCUAGGUAUCUUUCAUUGUACAGGAUCCGGCCCAGGCCCUGACUCUUUGAAGAGAGAUGAAGAAACCGAGAUUCCGAGAGGUUCAGACGCUUGCCCGGGGUCACACAGCUAGUCUCACCCUCCGCGCGCGCUGCCACGCCCCUGCACCAUGGCUCCGGGCCCCUUCUCCUCCGGGCUCCUCUCGCCGCCGCCGCCCGCCGCUCUGCCCUUUCUCCUGCUGCUCUGGGCAGGCGCGUCUCGCGGCCAGCCCUGCCCGGGCCGCUGCAUCUGCCAGAACGUGGCGCCCACGCUGACCAUGCUGUGCGCCAAGACGGGCCUGCUCUUCGUGCCGCCCGCCAUCGACCGGCGCGUGGUGGAGCUGCGGCUCACCGACAACUUCAUCGCCGCCGUGCGCCGCCGCGACUUCGCCAACAUGACCAGCCUGGUCCACCUCACCCUGUCCCGCAACACCAUCGGCCAGGUGGCGCCGGGCGCCUUCGCCGACCUCCGCGCGCUGCGCGCCCUGCACCUGGACAGCAACCGCCUGGCCGAGGUGCGCGGGGACCAGCUCCGCGGCCUGGCCAACCUCCGCCACCUCAUCCUGGGCAACAACCAGAUCCGCAGGGUGGAGUCGGCGGCCUUCGACGCCUUCCUGGCCACCGUGGAGGACCUGGACCUGUCCUACAACAACCUGGAGGCGCUGCCCUGGGAGGCGGUGGGCCAGAUGGUGAACCUCAACACGCUCACGCUGGACCACAACCUCAUCGACCACAUCGCCGAGGGCACCUUCGUGCAGCUGCACAAGCUCGUGCGCCUGGACAUGACGUCCAACCGGCUGCACAAGCUGCCCCCCGACGGGCUCUUCCUGCGGUCCCAGGGGGCGGGCCCCAAGCCGCCCACGCCGCUCACCGUCAGCUUCGGGGGCAACCCGCUGCACUGCAACUGCGAGCUGCUCUGGCUGCGGCGCCUCGCCAGGGAGGACGACCUGGAGACGUGCGCCACGCCCGAGCACCUCACCGACCGCUACUUCUGGUCCAUCCCCGAGGAGGAGUUCCUGUGCGAGCCCCCGCUCAUCACGCGCCAGGCAGGCGGCCGCGCCCUAGUGGUGGAGGGCCAGGCCGUCAGCCUGCGCUGCCGCGCCGUGGGCGACCCCGAGCCCGUGGUGCACUGGGUCGCCCCCGACGGGCGGCUGCUGGGGAACUCCAGCCGGACUCGGGUCCGCGGGGACGGGACGCUGGACGUGACCAUCACCACCCUGAGGGACAGUGGGACCUUCACCUGCAUAGCGUCCAACGCGGCGGGGGAGGCCACGGCGCCCGUGGAGGUGUGCGUGGUGCCGCUGCCCCUGAUGGCGCCCCCGCCCGCCGCCCCGCCGCCCCUCACGGAGCCGGGCUCUUCGGACAUCGCCACACCCGGCAGACCCGGUGCCAACGACUCGGCCGCGGAGCGCAGGCUGGUGGCCGCUGAGCUCACGUCCAGCUCCGUGCUCAUCCGCUGGCCAGCCCAGAGGCCGGUGCCCGGCAUCCGCAUGUACCAAGUGCAAUACAACAGCUCUGCGGAUGACUCCCUGGUCUACAGGAUGAUCCCUUCCACCAGCCAGACCUUCCUGGUGAACGACCUGGCCGCCGGCCGCGCCUACGAUUUGUGCGUCCUGGCGGUGUACGACGACGGGGCCACCGCCCUGCCGGCCACCAGGGUGGUGGGCUGCGUGCAGUUCACCACGGCGGGGGACCCCGCGCCGUGCCGCCCGCUGAGGGCCCACUUCCUGGGCGGCACCAUGAUCAUCGCCAUCGGGGGCGUCAUCGUCGCCUCGGUCCUGGUUUUCAUCGUCCUGCUCAUGAUCCGCUACAAGGUGUACGGCGACGGGGACAGCCGCCGCCUCAAGGGCGCCUCCAGGUCGCCCCCUCGGGUCAGCCACGUGUGCUCGCAGACCAACGGCGCGGGCACGCAGCCGGCCUCCGCCCCGCCGGCCCCGGACCGCUACGAGGCGCUGCGGGAGGUGGCCGUCCCCGCCGCCGUCGAGGCCAAGGCCGCAGAGGCCGAGGCGACGUCGGCCGAGCUGGAGGUGGUGCUCGGACGCUCUCUGGGGGGCUCGGCCACCUCGCUGUGCUUGCUGCCCUCGGAGGAGACUUCUGGGGAGGAGUCCAGGGCCGCGACGGGCCCUCGGCGGAGCCGAUCGGGGGCCUUGGGGCCUCCGACCUCCGCGCCCCCGACGCUAGCGCUGGUUCCUGGGGCAGCCCCGGCUCGGCCGAGGCCGCAGCAACGCUAUUCCUUUGACGGGGACUACGGGGCGCUGUUCCAGAGUCACAGUUACCCGCGCCGCGCCCGGCGGACAAAGCGCCACCGGUCCACGCCGCACCUGGACGGGGCCGGAGCGGGCGCGGCCGGGGAGGACGGAGACCUGGGGCUGGGCUCCGCCCGGGCACGCCUGGCCUUCACCAGCACCGAGUGGAUGCUGGAGAGUACCGUGUGAGCGGCGGGCGCGCGGGCACCGGGACGCCCGUGGGCCGCGCUCGGCCGCCCGGCCCGGCCGGAUACGGGGAGGCUGGAGAGAAGGGAUGCGCGAGGGGCGGGGCCGGCCGCCGCCGAGGCCACGCCCACCGGCGUCUCCGACUCCGCCCCGCCCCCCGCGCGCUCGCGGACCUCGCCGGAGCCGGUGCCUUACACAGCGAAGCGCGGGGAGGGGCGGGGCCCCCCACACUGCAGCACUGAGACACGAGUCCCCUACCCUACCCGGGACCCUGGGGCAGGGGCGAGGGGCCCAUUCCUUGUAUCUGGCUGGACUAGAUCUCAUUCUGCCCCGCGGCGGCCUCCAGAGCCUCCCGUCCCCUCACCGCUCCCCCUCCCUGGUCCCACCGUCUGGUUUGGAGGGAGGGGCCCCUCCUUUCUCCUCUCUGCGUCCUUGUCGUCCCCUCCCUCUGUCGUCUGUCUUGAGUCUCUCCUUACUCGUCUCCCCUCUUCCGUCCCGUGGUCGUCUCUUCUCCCUCUGCCUACCCUUGUUCUUGUUUUUGGUUUUGUUUUUUUUGGUUUACUUUUUUGUCCAGUGUCUGUGUCUCCCGAUUCCCUGUCCUCACCAUCUCCCGGGCAGGUCCCACUGAAGGACCAGACUCUUCCCUCUGCCUUUCUCGUCCCCACAAUGAAUCCCCACACAAAGGAAAACCAAAUCCCUCUAUCGGAGCCGGGACCCUCCGCCGCAGCAGAAUUAAACUUUUUUCUGUGUC